AUGCAAUUCUCAAUUUCAUCAUCUUCCACACAAUCACAGGCAAGAACAGGCUCCAUUACAUUCCCACAAUUCUCGGAAAAGAAAUACUCUACCCCUGCCUAUAUUGUUCAUACGCGUAGAGGAGCUAUUCCAAGUAUUACUUGCGAUCAUUUUGAUGAAUUGAUUGAAAAUGUUCUUGGUUCCAACGAAAGUGUCAUCUUGAAUAUUAAUUAUUGGGAUUUGAUGGAAAAUCCAAGCCUUGAUGUAUUGGUAAAAUACAAAAAGGAUCACCCAGAAAAAACACUCGCAAAUUAUUUACACUUGGAAAAGUAUCCAUUCUUUCAGACAAUACGUAAUGUUGAAUUUCCGUAUCCAACUAGUCAUGCCAACGAGAAGGGUAUUUACGCAGAUUUAGACAAGGGAAGAAUCAAGACAUCAGCUGAUGAGUUCACAAGCCAGACGUUUGACCUAUUUAAUCCAGCUAUAUUUAUUGGAAUGCAUGACACAAGUAUUAAAUGUGCUGUGAAUGGCACUUUUGGAAGUGGAAAGCAAUGGAAGCGAGCCAAGACGUGCUCCGAAAAAUGGGGUCAGCAUUGUGUUGUUAAAAGACAAGAGCUUGUUGACUCUGGAAAGACGUUACACAUCCCCGAAAUGUUUUAUUCUGUUUUUUAUGACAAUGAUGAGAUGACAACGUUGCUGCCGCAAGAAUAUUUCUCUAACACAAAUAAUAUUAGAGGAAUUAACAUUGAUAUUGGCCAAAUGGAUAGUUUAGAGAAAAUUGAAAAAAUUAAGGAACAUCUCAAGACCAAACAAAACUGUGACAUGAACAAGUUGUUGUUAUUUAUUUCUGGAAAGGAUCAUCCUCUCGAAGUGUUAGAGUGUGUUGCAAAGGGAGUUGACCUGUUUGACGGUGUCUAUCCUUUCAUUGCAGCUGAAAUGGGAAUGGCAUGUGUGUAUCCUGUGGACGAAGUUGUGUCAGAUGCAUCACACGGCACAGCAAAAUCAAACAUGACCAUCAAUCUAAGAGACCGAAAUUAUGAAAAGGAUAUUUCUCCACUAGAUUCAAAGUGCAAAUGUUUCACCUGUAGAAAUCAUACAAAGGCCUAUAUUCAUCAUUUAUUGAACACUCAUGAAAUGUUGGGAGAAAUUUUGUUGACCAUGCAUAAUCUUCACAGAUAUCUUUCCUUCUUUAAAAAGAUUCGUGAACGUAUACAACAAGGAACCUUUGAAGAUUUCAAAGAAAGUUUUAUUCAUUCUGUAACUGUGUAG